AUGGCAGCGAGGACUACACAGGGCCCUGGCGGGAAGAAGCCCGCCUCGGCGGCUACCAAUCUGAUCGCUGGGGGUGGUGCUGGUAUGAUGGAGGCUCUUGUCUGCCAUCCUCUUGAUACUAUCAAAGUGCGCAUGCAGCUUUCACGGCGAGCGAGGGCCCCUGGUGCGCCCAAGCGUGGUUUCAUCAAGACUGGUGCAGAGAUUGUGAAGCGUGAGACACCGCUGGGUCUCUACAAAGGCCUGGGUGCGGUCCUUACUGGUAUCAUACCUAAAAUGGCAAUUCGCUUUACCUCUUACGAGUGGUACAAGCAGUUGCUGGCGGAUAAGGAGGGCAAAGUCAGCGGACAGGCCACAUUUUUGGCUGGUCUCGCGGCCGGUGUCACCGAAGCCGUCGCCGUCGUCACGCCCAUGGAGGUCGUCAAGAUCCGGUUACAAGCCCAGCACCACUCCAUGGCGGACCCCCUCGACGUUCCCAAGUACCGCAACGCUGCGCACGCCCUGUAUACCGUCGUGAAAGAGGAAGGUUUUGGCGCUCUCUACCGUGGUGUCUCCCUCACUGCCCUCCGCCAGGGUUCCAACCAGGCCGUCAAUUUCACCGCAUACUCCUAUUUCCGUUCUGCCCUCCAGAACUACCACGGCACCACCGAUCUGCCCGGCUACGAGACUAUGCUGAUUGGUCUGGUGUCUGGUGCUAUGGGCCCUUUGUCGAACGCCCCUAUCGAUACUAUCAAAACCAGGCUGCAGAAGACACCUGCGGAACCGGGACAGACUGCCCUGGGAAGAAUAUUGACCAUUUCCAAAGACAUGUGGAAGCAGGAGGGAAGCCGCAGCUUCUACAAGGGCAUCACUCCCCGGAUAAUGCGUGUUGCUCCCGGCCAGGCCGUCACCUUCACUGUGUACGAGUAUCUGAAAGGUGUGCUGGAGAGGGGCCGCGAAAUGAUCCCCGGCGGCACAUACGAGGAGUGA